CAGAGGAUGGGGUUCUGAACAACCAGACAAUGAAGGAGGUGAUCAACACUGCACACGGAUGUAUGGUGAUGGACUAUGGUACGAUCGCAGAUGCACAGAAAACCAUCGGGCGGUGUGCUGUGAUGUGAGAGGGCAGGAUGUGACUUUUGUCCUCACUGACUUUAAAAUGAACUGGACUGAGGCCCAGAGCUACUGCAGAGAAAACCACACAGACCUGGCCAGUGUGAGGAACCAGGCAGAGAACCAGAAGGUCUAUGAGCUGGUUCCAGGAAGAUAUACCUAUGUCUGGAUCGGCCUUUUCAGAGACUCCUGGAAGUGGUCCGAUGGAAGCAGCUCCUCGUUCAGACACUGGUUACCAGGGCAACCUGAUAACAGCAAGGGGACGGAGGCUUGUGCAGCAGCAGAUUUCAGCUCCUCUGGAAGAUGGGUGGACCUCAACUGUAACAGCAGGAGACCAUUCAUCUGCUCCGGUCCAGACGUCCCAACAAGUUCAAAGCAAGUGUUCAGACUGAGGCUGAGCAGCUCUGUGGACCCCAACAACCCUGCUGUGAUGGAGGCAAUGCUGAAGCAGUUCAAACAGAAGCUGAAGGCCCAGGGGGUGAAUGACGACGUCACACUGAGCUUUAGGAAGCAGCCAGUAUAA